UUGCAGAAUAAUGACAGAUCCUCUACUUUUACGAGAUAUUUCAAUUAAAACGGGUGUUGUGAAACGGUUGGUAAAGGAAUUAUGUUAUUAUGAGAAAGAAGAGGAGAAGUUAAUGAACAAACUGCAAACGAUGCAAGGUGGUGAUGAUGCUGAUGAACAUGUCAUUAAGAAACAGAUAGAAUUGCUUCAGGAAACGAAGCAAAUGAUACCGGAAUGUGCUCGACGAUUGAUGAAUUCGAUUGAAAAUUUGAAAAAGGUAAUUAGUGAGCAUGAAGCGACAUUAAAGGAUACACCACAGUAUAUUGCUGCUGCAGAACAAAUUAAGAGUGGUACAGAAGAAUGUUUAAAGGUCAAGGAAGCGGCAUAAAUAGAAUGAAAAUCCUUUGUUUUAUCUCGUUGCUAAGAUGCUGAUUUCGAUUUUCCAGUAAUCAUAAAGCUACCAACUAUGCUUAUUCAACAUAACAUGCAGCUUAUCGCAUCACGCUGCUAGAUAUACGAUUCUCUUGUACAACUUCGAAAUACUUUACGUGUAAACAGCAGUUGCUUCAACUGUUCCUCAACUGAUCUCUCCUUCGGGAAAUUCGUGACGAGAACGGCAGUGAUUGUAUAUGGCUUGAAAGCAUUGGUUAUUUCCUAAAACUUUCUUUUGUCUUAUGCAUUAAAUGUCGUGCAAACAGCUUGAAGAUUGCUAAUUUUGGUUGUGCUAAGAUUUUUGCAAUAAAAUUGGUAUUAUGCAUAUUCGAUAAUAGCUUGUGAUCUUAAUUUGGCUCUUCAGAAGAUCAAAGAAUUCUUAUUUUGUACGGAAUGAUCACAUAUUCUUUAUCAUAGUAAUCAUCAAACAAACAAUUGCCACUGUUGUUUUGCGAGCUUCUGCCUUUCUCUCUUGUUUCUCUUGCUUGUUUCAUGGUAAUGUCAUAUGAAGCUUGAUAAAUAAUAAAACAAUUCAGCAA